AUGAAGUGGAGCGUCCGCGGGGCCUGCGCCGCGCUCUCCGCCUGCCUCCUGCUCGCCUGCGCCCUCAGCGCCGCCGCCGUCGGCCUCAAGUGCCUCUCGCUGGGCGCGGAGCUGCGCGGGGAGCCGUUCCGCCUGGGCGCGGCCGCCGGCGCCUUCUACUCCGGGCUGCUGCUGGCCGCCGGCCUCUCGCUGCUGGGCGCCGCGCUGCUCUGCUGCGGGCCCCGGGACGCGCCCCUCGCGGGGCCGGGGGCCCCGGAGCCCGCGCCCUCGGCGCCCGCGGGCCGCCGGAACCUGCUGCUGCUGGGCGCGCUGGUCUUCAUGCUCGGCGUCCUCAGCGCCUUCGCGGGCGCCGUGAUCGACGGCGACGCCGUGGCCCUGGCGGAGCGCAAGUACUCGCACCAUUGCGCGCCGGCGCGCGCCCGCGCCGCCCCGGACCGCGCGUCGGCCGCCGAGUGCCGGCGGCUGAAGGACUACCAGCGCGGCCUGGUGCUGUCCACCGUUUUCAACGCGCUCGAGUGCCUGCUGGGCCUGCUCAGCCUCCUGCUGGUCAAGAGCUACCGCGCGUCGCAGGCCCGGCGCGGCCGGCGCGCCCGGCGGAGGAAGGGCCGGGCCCUGGCGAGGCUCCGCGCGCAGCCGCCGGCUUCCCGGGCGCGGCGGGGCCGGCGCGGCCGGCGGGGGCGGCGGCUGCAGCCACGGCCGAGCGAGGCCUCCAUCCUGGCGGCGGAGGAGUCGGACCUGGCCGGCCCCGGGGACUGCGCGGGCUUCGCGGCGCCGCUCGCCGUCUCCUACAUCACCGUGGGCGCUUUCCCUGCGCGAGACGAUGCGGGCGCGGAGGUGCGCUGCGGGGGGCACCCAUCGGUGGAGCUGCCGGGGUACGCGCCCUCGGACCCAGACCUCAGCGCGCCCUACCCCUACUGCUGCCGGCCGCCCUGCGAGGCGACGCGCCCCUGGGAGCCGGGCCGCGCGUGCUGA